GCUUUGCCGGAUGUGAAUCAGCACUGGGAAAACGUGCCUGCUUCGCCAGACGUGAAUCAGCACUGGGAAAACGUGUAUGCGGCUUCGCCGGAUGUGAAUCAGCACCGGGAAAACGUGCAUGCGAAAUUUUUGGGCAUGAAUCAGCACUGAGAAAAUGUGUAUAUGGCUUUGCCGGACGUGAAUCAGCACUAGGAAAACAUACCUGCAGAAUUUUUGGGUUCUUAGGCUUCGCUAGACGUGAAUCAGCACCGGGAAAACAUGCAUGUGAAAUUUUUGGUACUGGGAAAAUGUGCAUGCAGAAUUUUUGGGCUUUGCCAGACAUGAAUCAAUACCGAGAAAACAUGCAUGCGGAAUUUUUGAGCUUCGCCAGACAUGAAUUAGCACCGAGAAAACGUUAUGCGACAUUUUUGAGUAAG